AUGUCUGCCGAUGCCCCUCCUCCUCCACGGCAAGUCACUAUACUCUUCAAGCACUCCAAAGCACCCCCAGACUCUCCCCCACUCAGAGUCUUCUUGACCCUCCACCCCACCGACAAAACCCUAGACCCUUACCUCCUCACAAUCGCCCACGACCUCUACUGCUUCGUGGACACCUGCAUGGCAGACCAGCUCCCCACCGUCCUGCACUACCUCGGCCGCGACGUCGCAGACAUCACGCAGCGCCUCGACGAGCACUACACCAACACCGCGCGCGACAAACGUGUCCUCAUCCAGUCCCUCGUCCGAAUCUCCGACGAGUUUGAGAAGGUGCGGGAGCUGAAGCAGCGGUGGCUGCAGCUGCCGGAAAAGGAGAUGGAGAACCUUCCGCCCUGCGAGGAAAAGACCCUCCCAGAAGUACUGGAGAAACGCGGAUUUCUCUAUCCAUCGACAGCGAACGGGAUUGGGGGUGAUAUGAUUCGCGUGUAUAAUUUGAUACUGGGCUUUGUGGAGAUGGAGUUUAGGGUGCCGGAGUUUCGUUCGACGGCGAUGGAGUGUGGGAGGGGGGUGCCGGGGGUGCCGGAUAUCGAGGUGAGUGAUGUUGCGAGAAUUGCGCUUGAGGACAUCUAUGAUCGCAUCGUUCAGGUGUUUGGGUUCAUGGCGCUGUACCCGGUGCGGUUCCUGUGA